GAUAUGUGCAUGCUUUUCAUGUAAGAUGUUUAUGUACACAGAUUUGUCAUCGAAAGUCAAUCGUUGUCGACGUUAUCUUACUUUCGUAUAUACGUAUGUCCGGUGAUAGCGGUCGCCCACGCGCUUAUCGUAAAUGUUCGGGACUACUACGGUAUCAUGGGCGCUUGCAUUCUGCAAGGUGUAUUCUUCGGCAUCACCAAUUCGCACACGCCGGCCCUCAUGUACGAGGCGGCUGGGCAUGCUCGGUACCCACAGGCCAUGAGUCUGGUCAACCUGAUGUACGGAUUUGGGAACGUGUUCAGCAAUAUCAUAGGCGGAGUAAUUCGCGACACACUCGGGGACUACACUCUGGUGUUCUAUAUCGCCGCGGGUGCCGCUGUGUACAUGGCGUUCACCAGUCUGGCCGCGACCUGCCUUAUACGGCGACGAGGAAAGGCUGCCUCCAUAGUGAAACACGUCGAGGAGAGCAUCACAUAUAAAAAAGUUGAUAAACUUGAAUAUAAUACUAUAUAACAUGUAAUACUAUUAUAAAAGACACGUUAGCGUCGCCUUCUCAAUAAAGUGGCGAGAAAUGACUGUCAUUAUAGUAAAACACAGCCAGGAUAGCAUCACAUACAUGUAUAAUACAUUUGAUAAACGAGAAAAUAUAAUUAAAAUAUGGAUGGUAAAGGAUAUUCGGGUAUGGUAUCGGGAUAGUAAAAUAGGAUCAAAACUCUCGAUUUAACGAAAAUUCCUCUAUUGUUAUGACUCCUUUUUCCAUAUGUUAUAUUUUGACAUAGAUCUGUAUAAUACAGUAUACUAUACAUCGUUUCAAUAGCAU